GCUCUUCUCGCUCGGUCUUCCACAUCUCGGAAUAUCGAAGGAUUAAAGCUUUUACAGAGGAUUAAGCGAGGAAAGUGAGAAGGGAAUCAAAAGAGUAGGGGAAGUACAGAGAUCGAUCGAGAAAGAUAAAGCGAUCGGGAAAGGAACGAGGAGGAAGAUGAUGCUAGGAAAGGAGGAUUUAGGGCUCAGCCUUAGUUUGAGCACAGCCAGUUACAAGCAGCAGCAGCAGCAGCCGCUUGACCUGAUGUCCUCUGUUGCCUCGCCGGCGCCGUUCCCUUGUCUCCGCAGCGCCCACUGGGCGGCUCAGCUUCUCGCCGUUGAGUCAGCGGCAGGUUUUGAUUUUGCAGAGAAGAGAUCGGCGGCGGAACUGUCGGCGGAAGAGGAGGAGGCGGGGCGGCCGGCUCUGCCGCUGCUGAGGGGGAUCGACGUGAAUCGGUCGCCGGGAGGGAGGGAUGUUGCCAGCGAGGAGGAUGCGGGUGCGUCGUCGCCCAAUAGCACGCUCUCGAGCGUGAGCGGCAAGAGGGCGGAGCGCGAUGGCAGCCACCAUCUCCUCGGCGAUCACGAGCUUCUCGACGCGGAUCGGUCCUGCUCCCGCGGAGGGAUUAGCGACGACGAGGACGGCGGGGACGGAUCCCGCAAGAAGCUCCGGCUCUCGAAGGACCAGUCGGCCGUGCUGGAAGAAAGCUUCAAGGAGCACAACACUCUCAAUCCCAAGCAAAAGAUGGCUCUGGCGAAGCAGCUAAACCUGAGGCCGAGACAAGUGGAGGUGUGGUUCCAGAACCGGAGGGCGAGGACGAAGCUGAAGCAGACGGAGGUGGACUGCGACUUUUUGAGGCGGUGCUGCGAGACGCUGACGGAGGAGAACCGGAGGCUGCAGAAGGAGGUGCAAGAGCUGAGAGCCCUGAAGCUGUCGCCGCAGCUGUACACGCACAUGACUCCUCCCACCACGCUCACCAUGUGCCCGUCUUGCGAGCGCGUCUCCAACUCCAACUCCAACUCCGCCUUCCCGGCCACCGUCGCCUCCUCGCAUGCGACGCCGGUACCGGAGCACCACCGCCAGUUCCUCCACAGCCAGAGGCAGCAGAUCCCCUCCCCGUGGCCGCCCCUCCGGCCCUUUCUGGAAGCCCCUCGACAACGGUAGCUAAUUAGGUGUUAAUUAAUCCGAUCUAAUGCUUAAUUAGCGAGCGAAUGGAGAGGCCGUGUGUUGUACAAUGGCGAUGGAUGAAAAAAAAAUUCAGAUUUGGUACGAGAUUGAUACGGCGAAUAAUCUGGUCCUGAAGUAGGGUCAAAGUCUGAUUAGGGUGGCGGUCAAAGUUGAUACUAUGCAAUAAGAUCAACUAUUUUAACUGAGUAA